GAUAAAUUGCCUUCGGAGUAUUACGUUUAUUGUUAUAAUUAUUUGUUACAUUUGACCGAAUGACGACGAUAUUGGAAAUGACUAGCCGACAGCAGCUCUAUCCAACGAUAGCAUCGUCUAAUGACGAUAACGAUGCCGAAUCCAAAACUUGCGGGAAGAUCCUGGUGGUCCUGUCAUGGAUUCUAGUCAUUGUGACUAUGCCAUUCUCGCUUUUCAUUUGUUUCAAGGUCGUUCAAGAGUACGAGAGGGCUGUCAUUUUUCGUUUGGGCCGUUUGCUUACCGGAGGCGCUAAGGGCCCAGGAAUAUUCUUUAUAUUACCAUGUAUUGAUUCUUACGCAAGAGUCGACCUGCGCACGAGGACGUAUGAUGUGCCACCUCAGGAAGUUCUAACUAAGGACUCCGUGACGGUGUCAGUGGAUGCCGUUGUGUACUACCGUGUACACAACGCCACGAUUUCCAUCGCUAACGUGGAGAACGCUCACCACUCCACCCGGCUCCUGGCCCAGACGACGCUGCGCAACACCAUGGGAACCCGCCCCUUGCAUGAAAUUCUGAGCGAACGCGAGACCAUUUCUGGCAACAUGCAGCUGUCUUUGGAUGAAGCUACCGAGGCAUGGGGCAUCAAGGUGGAGCGCGUUGAAAUCAAGGACGUGCGCCUGCCCGUGCAGCUGCAGCGCGCCAUGGCGGCGGAGGCCGAGGCAGCUCGCGAGGCUCGCGCUAAAGUGAUUGCCGCUGAGGGGGAGCAGAAGGCCUCCAGGGCCCUGCGCGAAGCCUCUGAAGUCAUUGGCGACAGCCCUGCCGCACUUCAACUGCGUUACCUGCAGACUUUGAAUACAAUCUCGGCUGAGAAGAAUUCUACAAUUGUAUUCCCGCUGCCGAUUGAUCUCCUCACUUACUUUAUAAAAGCAAAGGAAGAAUCUUAAACGACGACUCGGUCUGAUUACCGAUAUAUUAUGAUGACUCAGAAUUAUAAUUGAUUUUAGAUAUCUCUAUCAGUCGUAGGUACUUAUAUAUUAACUCGAAAAUAGAUGUUGAUUACUCAAAAAAUGGUACAAAAAAAAAAAACAAUAUUGCUAAUCAUCAAAGGAUGAUAAUAUAUAAUAAAAUAUUAAAAAAAUCUAGUCGAUAUGUCUAUUUACUAUUAUGCACUUUAAAAUAUAUUUUGUCGUUGAAUAUGCUCUUAUAAAGUUGAAUAUUAUAAAGUUUAAAGUUGCAAUGUUAAUUUAAGAAAAUCUAUAUUAUAUUUAUAUGCGUAUAAAACUUGAGUAGAAAUCAUGUAUUUACAUAUCAAACUGAAUUCUUAAUGUGGUAAAAAAAAUUAGAAACAUAGACGCUUGAUAUAUUGAUAAUAAACUUGAUAAUUAUUAUUAUUGUAUACGUUCUAAAAUGUUAUUCUUGUUGUAUGUCGUUAGCAGAUAGUGCACUACGAUGCUUAAUUUACUAUUUAGAUAUUUACAUGUUUCAAUGUUUAAUUGAUAACACAGAUGUAUCAACUGAAUGUGUAGCUUUUCUGUCUAUUUAACUGUAGCUCAAUAGGUAUACAAAUAAUACAGUCUAGAAGAGUCUUAGAAGUAGAGAUGGUAAAUUCAAAUCUAAACAUACAAAUUGUCUUUUUACUACUCUAUAAAUUGUUAAGUAAUUAUUUUUAAUGAUGUAACAAUAAAAAUGUAGUUUUUCGAAUAUCAUAUUCGCAGAUGUUUGUAAUAGAAAUAGAUCGUGAAUUUGAAUGUUUUGAAUUGUAAUAAGUGUCUACUGCAUAAUUAUAUGCAUUUUAUUAGUAUUUAUAAUUAAUAAUAGAUCAAAUACAUUAUUAUAGUUGUUACAUCAGUGGUUUGAGCCCACCACUGUUAUGUAAACACUAUGUAUAAUUUAUGUAAUUUUUGUGUCUAUUUAUGAAAAAUAAAAUUAAGUAC